AUGAGAGGUCUUUUCUCCUUGGCCGCGAUCUUGGGAACUGUUGCUGCACAGUACCUUGAACCUGCACCCACUUCAGCUGUUAAGCCUAUCUUGAAUGGAACGGCAGAGUUCGAGAAUUUGUUCAAUUAUGCCCCUAAAGAACCCUCAGUUGUCCCAUAUCCCGGGAACACAAACACGACUGAGAAGAACCCUCCUAUCCCAGCCCCUGACACGAACAUUACCGUGGGUGAUGCGGCCAACCAGUUUUUCAUCCAAGCUGCCUGUACCCUCACACCCAACAACCCAACAAAGUUUUGGCGAGAGACAGUAAACCUCAAUGGCGCAUCGCCGUUCAAUUCGGACCCCACAUAUCAGGUCUACAGAAAUGUGAGGAUUUAUGGAGCAAAGGGUGAUGGAGUCACUGAUGACUCUGGCGCAUUUCAAUUCGCCAUUGAUGCAUGGAGCCGGUCCAGCAAUUUCCAGCAGACAGCUGCGCCAGCUCUCAUCUACGUUCCGAGUGGGACCUACAAGAUCUCAAACAGCAUCAGGAUGCUUGUCGGCACUAUGAUGAUUGGAGACCCGCUUAAUAAACCGGUGCUCAAGGCAGAUGCGAACCUUGGCUCCAACCCGAUUAUAAAUGGUUUCGACUCAAGCAGAUUCCUUGUUUCUACUACAAAUUUCUUCAUAGGAAUUAAGAACAUCAAACUCGAUACCACUGCCAUCGGUGUCAAUACUCCUGCUCUUGCACUGAACUGGCCCGUUUCGCAGGCUACCCAAUUAUACAAUGUGGACUUCAGUAUGCCGAACUUCUCCCAACAUGUUGGUAUCACUAUGGAUGGUGGGAGCACGGGCGGUGGAUCUGGGACCAUUUUGAGUGAUUUAUCUUUCACCGGUGGCGCAAUCGGCAUUAGACUCAACAAUCAACAAUACAUGUUCAAGAGUCUGAAAUUCAAUGGUUGUAAUACCGCUAUUGCUAUUUCCCAUGUCUUCUUCCUUACUGUGCAAGAUGCCUCUUUCACGAACUGCGGUACCGGUAUCGACAUGGGUGGGAACGGAGUUGCAGGUUCCGUCUCUCUCAUUGACUCCUCAGCGAGCUCAGUCGGCGUCGUGGUGAACGCAUUCAAGACGGGCAACGGCGCAGGAUCAUUGGUGGUUGAAAAUUUCGUAAGCACCAACUCCGGUGCCACUGUCGCUCAGAGUAAUGGCGGUCAGACUCUGGUUUCUGGUAGUGUAUCAAACACCUGGGUCAUGGGAAAUGCCAACCCCGGAGAUUACCAAGGUGGAACUUACUACACUACUCCACGUUCGCCAUCCCUCUUAGCUCCGAACGGAAAGUACUUCCUCAUGCCCCAACCUCAAUAUCAGCAAUACGGAAAUGACCAGUUUGUGAACGUUAAGGAUCAAGGCGCCAAGGGAGACGGUGUGACCGAUGACACUGCUACUAUUAACGCAAUCCUGCUCGCCAACGCUGGAUGCAAGAUCGUCUACUUCCCUCAGGGAACCUAUCUCGUCCACGACACAAUCUACAUUCCCCCGGGAACAAGGAUUGUGGGCGAUGUCUGGUCGACGAUCAGUGCCGUUGGUAGCAAGUUCUGGGACGCGAACAAUCCCCACGUUGUGGUACGAGUUGGAAACGCAGGCGAAGUUGGUGUAGCUCAAAUCACAGACAUGAUCAUCACAACAGCCGAUGUCCUCAAUGGCGCAAUCCUCAUGGAGGUCAACAUGGCCGGAAACUCCCCCGGUGACGUCGGUUUCUGGAACACGCAUUUCCGUAUCGGAGGAACCGUGGAUACAAAGGUCAACACUAACUGUGCCGGCCCUGAUGCAAGUGCUUGUAAAGCCACCUUCCUCAUGCUGCACAUUACUACCACCGGCUCUCCUUACAUUGAGAACAUGUGGGGCUGGACAGCCGAUCACUCUCUCGACGGCGGUCCACCACAGGUCAUUUCUACUGGCCGUGGAGCCCUAAUCAGAAGUACGAAAGCAACCUGGAUGAUCGGCACAGCCUUCGAGCACAACACCCUCUACCAAUACAACAUUGUGGACGCCCAGAAUCUCCUCAUUAGUUUCCAGCAAACCGAAACCGCAUACUGGCAAGGCCCCGGUGCGCCCAUAUCCGCCCCAACUCCAUGGGCCGUCAACAGCGCAUACUCAGACCCCAACUUUUCCGGUUGCGGUGGCGGCGAUGCACAAUGCAGAAUGGGGUGGGCACAGCGCAUUAGCGGUGGCUCAAACAUCUACAUAUAUGGCUCCGGCUUUUGGGUCUUCUUCAAUGGGCUCACAUUUGCUGAUGGACAUGGGUACGGCGGCAGUGGUGGAUGUGAGGCGAGCUGUUGCCAGAGCAGUGUUUGUCAGGCGAAUGCCGCGGAGGUUGUCAGCGGGACGAAGAGCCUUUAUUGGUAUAACGUCAACACGCAUUUGUUCACGAAUCUGAUCGUUGAUGGUGGAAACAUCGUUAAGCAGUUCAACAACCCUGGGAGUUGGGGUGGCGUUGCCGCAGCCUUCUUGGCUCAUGCGGGUGCUUAG